AUGAGUCGACUUAUUUGUUCUUCCCAUGAUUGGAAUCUUUACAUUUUGAACUACAUCGACCGUCAAAACCUGGCUGCGGCCAAGCUUCAAGGCAUAAUGGAGGACUUGAACAUGUCCAUCGAACAGUUUGCUACCGCAGUCUCCAUCCUUUUCAUUGGAUCUUUCCCCUUCCAAAUCCCAAGUGAUCUUAUUUUCACAAAGAUCUCACGGCCUGACAUCGGUAGCGAUCUAAGGCUGCAUCAGCCUGCACAACAGUGGUCCAAACAUAUAGUCAACUCCUCGCAGUACGAGCCAUCCUCGGAGACGCCGAUGCCGUGUUCUUCCCCGGUGCGAUCUCCUAUCUCUCAGCCUAGUACACAAAAAUGGAACUCGGCAAGCGGAUCGUCGGUCUAUACAUCGCUCAACAAGUUGGUAACGCCAUCGAGCCUCUUCGCGGAAGCAAAUGACGGCGUCCACAAUAUCUGGGGCUGGCAAUGGCUCUUCAUCAUUGAGGACAGCGUAACAGUUGGCAUUGGAAUCAUCUGUGCCUGCAUCAUGCCUGAGUGUGCCACACUGUGUUGUUCAUCACAAUUCCUCCCCCUAUCUCGAGCACACAGAGUGUGCCGAGUAUGA